AUGGCCGCAGCGCUUGUGGCCCUUGUCUUGGAUGGUCUGCAGCCAACGCUUGCAUGGAGGCCCUCGCCGGCGGACUUUGCAAGUGCAGCCCUCGCGGCGCGAAACGACUUUCGCCUGCGAAAGUUCGAGAUGUCAGGCCAGUUUCCGGAGGACACGCACUUCGAUGAGCUGGACUGGAACACGGGCUUUGCAGAGGUCUGGCUCUAUGCGCUGCGUGCGGCGCGUUUGGCACUCCCGAAGGCUUCCGGCUCCUUGCGGCAAGCAGCCCGGGGCCUGCGCACGGCGCGGAGUGAGAGGCGGCUGCACCGGAGCUUUGCCGCGGCAGGCGAGGCUUUCGAUCACAUCGUCGGCGAGCUCCAGAGGCUUGCAAAUGAGACUCCAGUCGUGGAGCACCGCGAUUGCUCGCCAGCAAUGUCCGCUGUGAACCGAAGCAUCCACCUCUCGAAUGGCCUUGAGAUGCCCAUGCUGGGUCUGGGCACAACCAUGCUCAACGGUGAGAACGGAAAGGGUGCCAUCCUCGCAGCACUCAGAGAAGGGUACCGGCUGAUCGACACGGCGCAGGCCUACGGAAACGAGGCCGAAGUCGGCGAGGCCGUCCUGGAGUCCGGAUUGCCGCGCUCCGAGAUAUUCAUCGCGACGAAGCUGUCGGAAGAUCGGGACUGCAAGCGGGGCCGGGCAAGAGACAGGGUCCAAGCGCAGCUUCAGCUCCUGAAGACGAGCUACAUCGACCAGUACAUGCUCCAUGGGCCAUGCCCUGGCAUGCUUGGGGCCUGGAAGGAUCUAGAGGAGCUGUAUGACGCCGGUGUGCUGCGGUCCCUCGGCGUCUCCAACUUCGAUCUCGACGAACUGUCUCGCUUCGUCAAGAAGGUCCGCAUUGCGCCCCACCUGGUGCAGAACAAGUUCUCCAUCUACCACCGUGGCUGGGCUCCGGUGGAUCCGGCGCGAGACAUCGCCAGAGCUUUCCGCGAACAGGGCCGAGUCGUCAUGGGCUACUGCAACCUAGACGCGUAUCCACACCUCUUGCAGCCUCUCGAGGACACGUUUGUGCGGCGCAUUGCAACGCACUGCAGGAGAACUGUUGCCCAGGUUCUUCUGAGGCACGCCCUCCAACAUGGCACGGUAGUAAUCCCGAAGUCGGAGAGACCCGAGCGUCUCCGGGAGAAUGCCGACAUCUUCGACUUCGCACUCUCGCCGGAGGACAUGCGGAUCCUAGACGCCCUGCCGAUGCUGGCCCACCACGGGCGCGAGCCAGGAUACGUGGACGAUGUCUUUGGCUUGAGGAACAGGGACGAGCUUGCCGCGCCGGCAGACCUCUAG